CCCCACGCUCACAGCUGAGGGAAAAUCGAAGCCUACUUCCUGUCUACAAUACACACGCACAUAUAAUUACCAAACAUGGCCGUGCCAGUCUUUCUCGAAGGUCGCAUCGGCUCCACACCGGACAAGGGCGUCCCCGAUAUGACCUGCAUAUCGGAUAUUGACGAGAAUGGCAUCAACCGAAACCUGAAAGUGCGCUACGAGCGGGACCAAAUUUACACGUACACGGGAUCGAUACUGAUCGCCGUCAACCCGUACAAAGAGAUCGACUGCUACACUCAGGAAUAUGUUGCCAAAUAUCAUGGCCAAAAGCUGGGCCUGCUCGAUCCGCACGUCUUUGCCAUGGCGGAGGCCGCCUAUCGCAACAUACGCGACAACAACACGAACCAAUCGUGCGUCAUAUCCGGCGAGUCGGGUGCCGGCAAAACGGAAACAACCAAAUUCAUCCUGCAGUACCUGUGCUCGGUCACGUGCGACGUAUCGACCUGGGUGCAGCAGCAGAUCCUCGAAGCGAACACCAUCCUGGAGGCGUUCGGUAAUGCGAAAACCAUCCGCAACGACAACAGUUCCCGGUUCGGGAAGUUUAUGCAGGUGUGCUUCGAUUCGAAGUGGUGCAUCAAGGGUUGCAUCAUCCAGGACUAUCUGCUCGAACAGUCCCGAAUAACGUUCCAGAGUCCGGGCGAACGGAACUAUCACGUACUGUACCAGCUAGUAGCCGAGGGCACCACGAAUCAAGAGCUAGCAGCUGCACUCCAUCUGCGUGAUGCAUCAUUCUACCGGUAUCUAAACUCGUCCGGCAGUACGGGUGAUGCGGGCACUGAUCAAUCCUCACUAGAGAUUGCGACCGAAUCGAAGCGGUUCGAAGCAUUACGGUUGGCGUUUAAUGUACUGCAAAUCUCGCAACCACUGAUCGACGGCAUAUUCCGUGUGCUGAGUGCCAUAAUGUGGUUGGGAAAUUUGAACUUUGCCGACGUAGAUGGUGAACGGUGCGAGUUGGCACCGGAAGAUGAUGAGAUUGUUAAGAUUGUCGCGCAACUGUUGGGACUGCAGGAGGUGGACCUGGUGCAGGUUUUGCUGAAGCGACAGAUCAAUGUGCGCGGGAACAUUACGGAGAUCCCGCUGAAGUUGCAAGAGGCGGGCGAGAAUAGACAUGCGAUGGCAAAGGCGCUGUACUCGCGAACCUUUGCCUGGUUAAUUAGCCAUAUCAACACGUGCAUUAAUCCGGGACAGGAUGCGUCCCGGUUUUUGGGCGUGUUGGACAUAUUUGGGUUUGAGAACUUCAACACGAACUCGUUCGAGCAGCUGUGCAUAAACUACACGAACGAGAAGCUACACAAAUUCUUCAACCACUACGUUUUUGCGCUGGAACAGGAGAUUUACCGUCAAGAGGAGAUCAAGUUCUCCCACAUCCAGUUCACCGAUAAUACACUUUGUCUGGAGCUGAUUGAGAAGCCUCCGCGCUGCAUUCUCAAGCUGCUAACGGAGCAGUGCCAUAUGCCAAAGGGAUCAGAUACGGCGUACCUUACCAACCUGCACAGCGAGUUCGAAUCGCACGGUAGCUACGUCAAGGGUCAGGACCGUCGCCACUGGGAGUCGGAGUUUGGAAUACGCCAUUAUGCGGGAUGCGUCAGCUACACCGUGAAGGGGUUCGUCGACAAAAAUCGUGACGUACAACAGGAUGUCCUGUUCGAUCAUAUGAGUCGCAGUGCAAAUACGUUCGUGCAGGAGAUUGCCUCCUUCCAGGAUCUGCUCUCGAUCCAACAUGUCCAAUCGGCCUCAUCCGCUACCAGUACCGUAUCGCGCGGUACAUCCAAGGGUAAGCUAACCGUAAGCGAUACCUUCCGACAGCAAUUGCAAGCCCUUGUGGAUGUGCUUCAAAGCACCAACCCGUGGUACGUCCGGUGUAUCAAACCAAACUCGGACAAACUGCCAAACGACUACGACGAUCAGCUCGUGCUGGAUCAGCUACGUUAUCUCGGCAUGCUGGAUAUUAUUCGUAUACGGCGCGAAGGUUUCCCGGUGCAUCUGACGUUCGAUGAUUUUGUGCAGAAGUACCAGUGUCUGACGAAACGGUUCCGCAACAUGUCCAGUCAGGAUCAGGCGCUGGCCGUAAUACGUGAGCUGAACGUACCCACCACCGAGUGGCAGAUGGGACGCACGAAGGUGUUUCUGCGCAGUGUGGUGCACGAACCGCUCGAGGACGCCCGCAAACAGGUGAUCAACUCAAAAGCACUGAUCAUACAGCGCAACUGGAAGCGAUUCAGCCAGCAGCGUCACUAUAGACGGAUUCGUUCGGCCGCGCUUAAGAUACAGCAUGCGUACAAGGGUUGGAAGUUGAGGAUCGAGUUCCUGAAGAAGCGGCGCGCUGCCAUCGUUAUCCAGAGCCAUCUGCGCGGUGUAUUUGCGCGUGAAGUUGCGACGGCACUGCGAGAAAUGCGGCGUGUCGAUGAGGAGAUGCGCAAACGCGAACGACUGGAAGCGGAGCGUCGGGAACGGGAAGCAGCCCAGGCGGAAGCCGACCGGAAGGCGCUGGAGGAAAGCGAAAGGGUUGCGAAAGAAGAAUUUCUCGCUUUGUCGCAAAUGGCUGAGCAGAUCAACUCGAAACUGCACUCACAACAGCAUGUCGCAAACAAUAACAGUCGCCACGCGCAAUCUGCACUGCAACAGAAUGGAGCUGCCGCCGGUGCUGAUGGCGGCAAGGGUUCCGGCUCGCUUGCAGCCGGUGGUAUGAAGGGGGCCGGAUCUGCUAGCCUGCAGAGCAACGAUUCGGUUGAUCUGGACAAUUUGUUUGCUUUCCUCAGCGAGGUACAGCCGAACGCAAACUCGAACGCGAUCAUCGACGAGAUCGGCGAAAAGAUGGACAACCUGGUGGAGGAUCUGGACGUGGAGCUGGAAUCGGUCAUACAACAGGAGAUUGAAGGGUUGACGAGCGAGCGCAACAAUAAUGUAUCGGCUGCAUCCACACACAAGGGUGGUCCAUCACUCGUCAAUGGGACUGGUGCGAUUAGCAACAACAACAAUAAUAAUAACAAUAACAAUAAUAUUAACAAUAAUAAGCCGACUACACCGAAACCGUUGGGCGGGAUCCCAUCGCUGCCGGAACCGACGAUGCCACCACCGCCGCCACCAAUCGAAAACAACAACCACACACUUCCAGCUGCCCAGUCACAUCAUCCGGCAACUCUGCAUCACAUACGACGUCAUGAGGAGCCGAUCUAUGAGGCCGUCAUACAUUUGAAGGAACUUCCGCCGCCACCUCUGGAUGCACACGAAAAGGUACCUCCGAUACCGCAACAUCAGCCACAGGGGCCAGCAGGUGCUCCACCGCAACAACACCCAACAGUAGCGCCUCCACCACCGGUACAUGCCCAUCAGCAGCCGGUACCACCGCCACACGCUCACCAGCCUUCAAUGCAUCAUGGUCCGCCGCAAUCAGGCGCGGCACCACAUCAGUCCCAACCGGAAGCUCCCCCACAGCCACCACCCCACGCACAUGCUGCACCUAGUCACGCUUACGUUCAUCUGGAGAAUGGUGGUUCCGCUGGUCACAAACUACGACCCAAGAGUCCGGCUGUCAUACGUUCGGCCAGCCCGAUCCAACGUGCCGGUUCCAACGGUCCAAUGAGCCCAUCGUCUCCCAAGCACAGCCGGCCAAGUUCGAGGGCUUCUUCUACCGGUGGUGGACAUCCGUUCGCCGAGCGUGAACAACGGCGCAAGUAUCGCGUCGAAAAGAAGCUACAGGAAAUGCAACAGAUGGACAUUACCGAGCGCGAGAAGGAAUUGCUCCGGGACGAUGUGUACUACGAUAUUCUCGAGUUUGCCGAAAGCUACUACAACACGCACGAACGAUCACCGGAAGGUACGAUCAUGGCGACACUCACACGCAAAGGUCGCAAAUCGGUCGACAUGGUACCGAAGUACGAGAUGAUAACGUACUACCGUGGUACCACCAUCCCAUCGUCCCACAUACACAUGUACGAUCCGGAAAAUGUGACGAUUGCGUGUAACAUUUUCCGCGACCUGUGCAAAUACAUCCGGGGCGAGCUGAACAGCGAGCGGGAACUGCAGGUCAUCCAGUUCAUCAUUGGGCAGGGCAUUGAGCGGGAAGAGCUGCGGGAUGAAAUUUUCGUCCAGUGUAUGCGCCAAGCCACUAAUAACCCCAGUGUGGAUUGGACCGAUCGUGUCUGGUUGCUGCUGUGUCUGACGAUCGUCGCCUUCCAGCCAAGCAAGCUGCUCUUCCGGUACUUUGUGAGCUUCCUCAAGAAGAACCUCGAAUCGCUCGAGGGCAAACUGCGCCAGUACGUGCAGUGGUGUUUGGAUAAUUGCAAAAACACCAAAGUCCGCUGCCGUCAGUAUCCACCGUCGAGUGUAGAAGUAGCCGCAAUGAGACGGCUCGGUACGAUUGUGUGCCGAUUCUUCUUCCUCGACGGACGCACCAAAGCGAUCGAUGUACAUCCGACCGAUACGGCUAGUGAUGCCGUGGCGAAGCUGGCGGAAAAGCUGGGAUUGUGCAAUAUUGAGGGCUGGGCGAUCUAUCAGUCACGUCCAGAUGGGGAAGAGCAUGUGAAGUCGCAUGACUAUCUGUACGACAUUAUCGCAGCCUGGGAAGCCAAGCAGACGAAGAUUCACGCGUCCAACUCGACGUUGCGCAAAAACACAACCACGCUUGGUUCGGGCGAGAAUCGGUUUGUGUUUAAGAAGCGGUUGUUUAAAAGCACCCGUGAGCUGUCGCAGGAUCCAGUCGAGGUGAACAUGCUGUACGCACAGGCUGUGUACAGUGUGGUGAAGUGCGAUGAUUUCCCCGUUUCGGAGAAGGUUGCACUUCAGCUCGCCGGCUUACAGGCCCAGGUUGCGCUUGGCGACCCAUCUAACCAACCGAAACCGGAGUACUAUUCGGACGUACCGAGCUAUCUGCCGGAGCGCAUCUCGAAAACCCGCGAGGAACAGUUCUGGGUGCCGAUACUGGCCCAAGCUCAUCGACAGUACGGUUCAGGACGCACGGAGCUAACGGCGAAGGUGCUGUACCUGUCGUGUGUCAUGCAGUACCCACUGUACGGCACCACGAUGUUCGCCGUGUCCUACCGUGGCUAUUGGAGCUAUGGCAACAGUCUCAUACUCGGCGUGAACUGUGAGGGUAUCAUACUGAUCAAACCGGACGACAAGUUCGUUCUGUACGAGUUCCGGUACGCCGAGGUAGAAUCGAUCAUGCUCGAUCCGAGCGACAGCUUCAUCACGAUCAGUCUAAACCGCCACACGAGCACCAAUACCGACCAGCAGCGGUGCUUUGUGUUUGAAACGGCACAGAAGAACGAAAUCGGUUCACUGAUCGUGUCGUACUAUCCGGCUCUAUCGAACUGGAUCACGGAGAACGAGGUGCCGCCGAAGAAGAGCAAGGGUAUUACCAACGAGGAUCGUGUGCGGCUGCACCACAAUCUGGUCGUCUGCCGGAGACAUCUGGUCGAUGCGGAAAUACUGCGCAAGCCGCAGGACCCAAGCGGAGGCUUCCUGCGGAACACGUUGCGUCGGCUGUCGAAACAUCGGCUGGAGAAGUUGCGGGCCGAGCAUGGUAGCCCAAUGCACGAUCAUGGUGAAACGUACAAAGGUUUCCCGCACGCUUACUGGGCAUUCAGCCGACAGGCAUUGCCCCAAAGCCUUAGCAAGCUGCCCGAUCAAGAGGAGCAAGCUAUGCUGCAGGUGUUUAAUUCGAUUCUCACAUACGCUGGUCUUGGACAAAAUGGAGAAACAGUUCAGCGCGCAGAGGACGAACACAUUACGCUCAUACAAUCGAUUAUGGAUCGCUGUAUGCGCAAGGAGUCACUGCUGAACGAACUGUAUCUGCAGCUGAUCAAGCAAACGACCGACCAUCCCGAUCCUAACUCACGCGUUAACCUGCGCCACUGGGCCCUCCUAUCCCUUGCCUGUAGCGUCAUACUACCACCGCAGAAGGUAGUGCGCAAGUAUCUGCUAGGACAUCUGAAACGUUGCGCUAGCGAUUUCAUCACCGAGGAGGGCAAGUAUGCACGCUUUGCGGAGAAAUGUUUCUUCAAAACGCAGGGUACCCGGCGCCGCCAGUGGCCACCGUCGCGGGAGGAGAUCAUCUGCACGAUCAAUCGGCGUCCGAUCUAUGCGCGGUUCCACUUCAUGGACGGACAGUACCAUUCGGUCGAGUUCCACCCAAGCUCGACUUCUCGAGAGGUGAUGGAAAUCGUGAAGAAAAAGAUCGGUCUACAGGAGAAUGCACUGGGCUAUGCUAUCUACGAAGUGCUGGGAGCAUCGGAAAGAAGCUUACUGCCGGACGAAAAGGUUGCUGACGUGAUGUCCAAGUGGGAAAAGUAUCGUACCGCAGCCGCCCAGGCAGUGCAGCAAAAUCAGAGCUCGAACUUACCGCCCGCCUGCCGUCGACAGCAUCAUCUGUUUCUGUUCAAGAAGCAUCUGUUCUGCGAUCAGUACAUGAACCUGGACGAUCCCGUCGAAAAGGAAUUGCUCUAUCACCAGGUGCUACACGGUUUGCGUACCGAACGUUUUCCCAUCACCGAAAUGGAGGCUAUUAUGUUAACUGCUCUACAAGGACAACUUGAGCUGGGCGACAGUUCCGACAUCGUGCAGGACUAUCGGCCGAUUGCAGCCCACUGUUUACCGCCCCGCUUCGUACCGAACAUACCGCGCGACAGUGUGGCCAUGCAUCACCAGAGUCUGCGUGGCACAACGCCGGCUGAGGCGAAGAAAUCCUUCCUGAAUCUCAUCCAAAGCUGGCCCCUCCAUAAAGCCACUAUCUUCGACGUGAUGCAAUCGUUCACCUCCAACUGGCCACGGAUGCUUUGGCUAGCGGUGGACCAGAAGGGACUGCAUCUGCUCGAACAUCGGUCACGCAACACGCUCUGCACGUACGACUAUCAGUCGAUACUUUCGUUCUCACCCAACAUGAACUGUCUGAUGAUCAUUACCGGUUCGGAUAAGAAGCAGUCGAAGGUUAUCCUUACCACGGCUCAGGCUUUCCAAAUUGCAAACCUUAUUCGGGAGUACAUGGAGGUGCUCCAGCGGCAGCAAUCGCACACGGACGAUACACAGAAGGAAAAUCAAUCGUCCGGCGCUAAUCAACCGCCACCACCCGCUGCUCCCCAAGUGCCACCGCACAACCAACCUCUUCCACCGCCACAUCAACAUCUUCCGGUGCAGCAGCAACAGCAGGGUGUUCCGGUUGCUGGUGGAACCGGCACGGAUCUAAGAAAGGGUGGCCAACGACCACCCUCAAUGUUGUUGCGUCAGUCCAGUGCUGCACUAGUGGCACCACAGCCUAGCUAGAUUGCCACCGGACACAAUUAUCCGUAGGCACUAAAGCAAACAUAGACUUAUUGUUG